UCCAUUUAGAACUGAAUUUUUAUUAUAAACAUAAUUAAACAUUUAAAAUACAAUAAAAAUGCCUCUACCUCCAUUGUUUGAUGGCCAUUCUUUUCCAUCAUACAUAAAAGAUGCAUCAGUUAAAGAAAUUCAAGUGUACUGGUUCAGUUCUAAAUUUACACAAAGUCGUUAUCCACCUGGACAAGAAACAAGUCAAGCUUGUACAUUAAUAUGUCUUCUCGUUGCUCAAAGAAUAUGCCAAUCAGGUCUUCAAAUCAAAAACAUUGAAAAAUAUCCCCAGCUUGGAAUAUUCAUAGCUGAGUCCAUUGUUGAAGGAAAUAGAAGACAUGCUUCAAUCAUUCGAAAGUCUUUGGUUUCUCAUCCAUAUCUAGAUACUGUAGAGGCCCUUAAAUUUGGUGGAAAACGUCUGAAAAGUCUAGUAGAAUGGAAGUUUCAUAUCUUCAGGGAAGACAUAAAGAAGAAUAUCAGCAAUAAUAUCCAGCAGUACCUUGAAGAAUGGUAUCAAAGUCCAAAAGCAGAUACUUUAAUCAUGCUUUUGAUCACUUGUGGUCGAACAAUUCUUUACAUUUUCCAAGAAAUGAUUGGCAAAAUAAUUCUUUUUGACUCACACAAUCACUCAACACCUCAAUAUCCUGAUCGUGGUCUAGUUAUAGCACAAGCUAAGUUUGAGCAGCUAAAGAGCCUUUGUAAUUGGUACAUUGACGCUGUUUUAUACAACUGCUUUAAUGCUCAUGCUGAUCAGUAUGAACUAGCAUUUCUCUAUCAAAGUUAAAAUGCAAUUUUUCUAACAGAUAUUGGAUAGCUGAUUGAACAUAAAUAUACAGGUGAAUUUUAUAAAUUUUUUAAUACAUAUUAACAUAUUUUAUUUAAUAAUCAACGACAAUAUAAUUUUUAAGACAUUUUUUAUUUGA